AUGGAUUUAUUGCAAACUGCAGUACCACCACAUUUAGUGCAUACAGCACGUCAACAAUUUGCCAAAUCUCCGCCAACAAUAUACACGGAACAUUAUAAUCAAACUAGCGUUGUAUAUUGUCGCUUGGUUGGUUUGGAAGAUAUCUUGUCAUGCUGUAGUGCGCAAGAUUCAGCGCAAUUGUUGAAUGAAUUUAACGCUCGAAUUGAUCAAAUUAUCAAAAAAUGUGGUUGUAUUCGCUUGCAAUCCGAUGGUAUUCUGGUAAUCUCAGGUAUACCAGCAGCACGAGAUGAUCAUCUUAAGAAUGCAAUUGCUUUUGCAUGCGAUUUACAAGCACUUAUAAGAAGUUUUUGCGAUGCAACAAUUGUGGAUUUGCAAUUGCGUUGUGGAAUUGAAUGUGGUUCCGUAUCAUGUGGAAUAUUUGGUUUAACAAAAUGGCAUUAUGAUGCAAUUGGAUAUCCGAUAGAAGAAGCUGUUAACACUGAACGUAUCGCUCCAGAAAGUGGAAUAUACGUUGCAGAAGCAGCAAAACGUCAAGCUGAAUGCAAUUUUCGAUUUGAAAAAUGUGGACAACUUUGGCGGAUUGCAAAUGAUCAACAUCAUUAUGGUAACAGCAGUUUACCAUCAUCAAUACUGUUCCCGAAUUUGAAACGAUUUUCAUUAGUUACAGUACCACAAGCAAUUAACAGGCUACUACAAACAAUAUCAUCAGCCAAUGAUACUUUACUCAAAAAUAAUACUACAAUGGGUGGACGUCGCAAAAGACGAAUGGACAAACUGGCAUUAAUAAAUGGGAAAAAAAAUACUGACAAAGAUAACAACGGCAGAAGUGUAAUGCAUAGUUGGUUAUUAAAAUUUCGAAAUCAUCAAAUGGAAAAAGCGUAUCAGGUGCAAUUUGAUCAAUGGUUUGUACCAGCAUUAGCUAUUAAUAUAUUUUUCCUCGUUAUUUAUGGUAUUUAUCAUGUUUUAGUUUUGCCAAGGCAAAUUUCAACGCUUAUCAUGAUUAUCAUAUCAUUGGCUAUCAUUUUUAUGAUAUUACUUACACUUUACGCAAAUUUCUUCCAAAAUUUUUGCCAGUUCAUAACGAGGACGGCUAUUGGUCAUACAAUUAUUAUUUUAAUAAUUAUAUCACUUUUGUUUAUAUGCGGCAUUGUUAAUGCAUUUUCCUGUCCACAACAUUCGAAUUUGACACCGUUAGAUGAAUGCGGCAUUGUACAUUUUUCACAGCUUAAUUGCGCUUUUUGGAUGCUUGCUACAACUGUCUUUAUACGUUUUCCAUCUUUGGUACUAUUUGGCGCAUUACUAAUUGCAUUUGCCAUAUAUUCUUGCCAUGCAUUUAUCACUCAUCCGAUGCUUUAUGUCAGUUAUGCGCAGCUUGUUACGUAA